UACGUGCCUGAAUAUAAUUAUUGUUCGAGAUUACUUCGGUGCCGCUAACUAGCUUACCCGGGUCUGGCUGUUGCUAAGAGCUGUAACAGCUGAAAACACUCCUUUAAGUCAUAGCUGUGCUCUCAAUACAAUCGCCACAAUGUUUGAGGAGGCGAGUGAAGUAUUUGACAACAUGUUUAAAUCAUCGUUUCCUUUAACCUUCAUUGUGUUUAUCCCCGCGGUGCUCAUCCUAGUGUCACCGCUACCGGCCGAGGCGGCACACGAGUUCACGGUGUACCGCAUGCAGCAGUACGACCUGCAGGGACAACCCUACGGAACCAGAAAUGCCAUCUUGAACACUGAAGCGCGCACCGUGGAGGCAGAGGUACUAAGUCGUCGCUGUGUCAUCAUGCGGCUGGCGGACUUCUCUUAUGACAAAUACCAGAAAGCCCUGCGGCAGUCAGCGGGGGCCGUGGUCAUCAUCCUGCCCAAGAACAUGUCUGCAAUGCCCCAGGACAUAGUGCAGCAGUUCAUGGAGCUGGAGCCAGAGAUGCUGGCCACAGAGACCAUCAUCCCGGUUUAUUUUGCCAUGGAGGAUGACGAGCUGUUGUCCAUCUACACUCAAACACUGACCUCCUCUUCCUCCCAAGGCUCUUUAUCAGCAGCAGAAGUGCUGCUGCAUACGGCUACAGCCAAUGGCUUCCAAAUGGUGACCAGUGGAGCUCAGAGCAAAGCCAUCAGUGACUGGGCCAUCACCAGUUUGGAGGGUCGUCUAGCUGGGGUUGGAGGAGAGGAUCUACCAACUAUAGUUGUGGUGGCUCACUACGAUUCCUUUGGAGUUGCUCCGUGGCUGUCGUAUGGAGCUGACUCCAAUGGUAGCGGGGUGUCCAUGUUACUGGAGUUGGCUCGUCUCUUCUCUAAACUCUACACCUACAAGAGGACACAUGCUGGGUUCAACCUGCUCUUCUUUUUAUCUGGUGGAGGGAAGUUUAACUACCAGGGCACCAAGCGUUGGCUGGAGGACAAUCUGGACCAUACAGACUCCAGUCUGCUGCAGGACAACGUGGCCUUCGUGUUGUGUCUGGACACUCUGGGCAACGGAGACUCUCUACACCUCCAUGUGUCCAAACCUCCCAAAGAGGGCAGUCCUCAGUAUUAUUUACUCAAGGAGCUGGAGACGGUGGUGUCCAGCCAGUACCCGGAGGUGAAGUUCUCCAUGAUCCACAAGAAAAUCAACCUGGCCGAUGACAUGCUGGCCUGGGAACACGAGCGCUUUGGGAUCCGCCGCCUGCCGGCGUUCACUCUAUCCCACCUGCCCUCUCACCGCCUGGCUCAGCGCUCCAGCAUCAUGGACGUGCGGUCAGUGUCCCAGUCCUCUCGCCACGGAGCGGGAGAGCCCCCUGCUGGGCCUCAUGUUGAUGUGAAGAAACUCAGCAGAAACACCAAAGUGGUGGCAGAAGCCCUAGCCAGGGUGAUCUACAACCUCACUGAGAAGGGUGCACCAGGAGACCUGCAAAUCUUCACAGAGCAAAUGCAGGUGCAGGAGGAGCAUCUGUCAGCCGUGGUCGAUUGGUUGACGGCGCAGCCUCGAGCUGCUCAGCUGGUGGACAAAGACAGCAGCGUGGUGUCCACUCUGGAGUACCACCUGGCACACUACCUCAAGGACGUCAAGAGACACUACGUCAAGGCAGACAAAAGGGAUCCAGAGUUUGUAUUUUAUGACCAGCUCAAGCAGACAAUGAACGCAUACAGAGUGAAACCUGCGAUCUUUGACCUGCUGUUGGCCGUCUGCAUUGCAGCCUAUUUGGGGAUGAUGUAUCUGGCGAUCCAAAACUUUGGAGUCCUGUACAGCGUUGUCCGUAGAAUCACUCAGCCCAAAACCAAGACCCAUUAAGUCUCCAGACCUGGUCCACUUCAACAAACUCUGUCCUGUAAGAGACAGUAGCCAGGUUACAAUGCUGCUGAAAUGAUGAUGGUUUUCAUACCAGCAGACACCCCACCCCCCUUCAUCCAACCUGAACUCAAAUCUAUGAUGUCAGAUCCUGUCUUGCUGCCAGCUGUAACCCAUGUGGUCUCACGGACCAGAAUAAUCAGGAAUCACUUUUUCAUUGUUCUGUCCUGGUUUCCCACAUGUCUUGUCAUUUAUGUUCCAUUCAUAUAUUUCAUGAUGUCAGUGAUGUAGCUAAGGCAUGCAUCCACACUUCAGAGGUUUAAGUUGAAUUAAGAGGUUGUAACGUCAUAACUGCUGAUCACUCCUGUCUCUUUUACUGCAUUUUCCCAGUUUGGGAUCAAUAAAGUCUAUCUAUCUAACUAUUGAUUGAAGUGAUUGCUUUGUCAGGUUUAACCCUUAAAGACCCAAACAUCCACCGUCAUACAAAACUAUCUACUGAUCUAAAAUGAUUAAUACCUGUUGA